UUCUGUUAGCACCGUGUAUCGGGUGAAGGCAAAACUUUCAACAUGGCGCUCUCAGUCCCUAAAACGAUGUUUCAGCAUAUGCUCAAAGAAGGAGCAAAGCAUUUCUCAGGUCGUGAUGAAGCUGUUUACAGAAACAUUUCAGCUUGCCGACAGUUUACCCAGAUAACAAGAUCAUCAUUAGGACCAAAUGGGAUGAAUAAAAUGGUUGUCAAUCAUUUGGAAAAAUUAUUUGUAACAAAUGAUGCUGCUACAAUAAUCAAAGAAUUAGAGGUAUGUAUGAUUUUUGACUUGGGUGAUUUUGGUAUUAGCUCAGACCUGUGUGACACUAUAGUUGUGGUUACACAUACCAAGGUAAAUAGCAUUCCCAAGGUAAAUAACACCAAGGUAAACUUACCGCGGGAAUUACGUUACCAAGGUGUUUGCGGUCACACACGAAAUACUUUACCAAGGUCAAUCUUACACGGUCUCUCGCCUCCUGAAGUGAUUGAAGGAUUUGAGAAAGCAUGCAAGAAGGCCUUAGAAAUUUUACCAGAUUUGAGUUGUUCAAGCUUAUCAGAUCUAAGAAAUAGUGAAGAAGUUGCAAAGGCUCUUAAAACUGCUGUAGGCAGUAAACAGUAUGGAAAUGAGGAUUUCCUGUCAGAGCUUAUAACAAAAGCAUGUGUUUCAAUACUCCCAGAGAAGAGUCCAUUUAAUGUAGACAAUGUCAGAGUUGCAAAAAUUUUGGGCUCAGGUAUCCACAGUUCAGAAGUAGUUUCAGGAAUGGUGUUCAAACGAGAGGUUGAGGGUGAUGUCAAAGCACUGAGAGAUGCCAAGAUUGUAGCAUUUUCAUGUCCACUGGAUUCAAUGAACACAGAAACCAAGGGAACAGUUCUCAUCAGAAACGCAGAGGAGCUGAAGAACUUCAGCAAAGGAGAGGAAGAGCAGCUAGAAAAGGAAAUCAAGUCCAUUGUUGACACUGGUGUUAAUUGCAUUGUAUCUGGUGGGAAAGUUGGCGAGAUGGCUCUUCACUUUUGUAACAAGUUUAAUAUUCUAGUAGUGAGGUUAACCUCGAAGUUUGACUUGAGAAGGCUAUGUCGAUCAGUUGGUGCAAUCAUACUUCCAAAAUUUACUACCCCUACUGCGGAGGAGAUUGGUCAUUGUGAUGAAAUCAGGGUGUCUGAGAUUGGAGGCACCUCUGUCACAAUUUUCAAACAAGAGCGCGAAGAGACUGCUGUAUCCACUGUGGUCAUUCGAGGUUCAACUGAAAACAUCAUGGAUGAUGUGGAGCGAGCUGUUGAUGAUGGCGUGAACACGUUCAAAGCUCUCACUCGUGAUGAUCGCUUUGUACCAGGAGCCGGCGCCACUGAAAUCGAACUCGCUAAACAGAUAUCUAGCUUUGGAGAGACAUGUGCAGGCCUUGAACAGUACGCUAUCCAGAAAUUUGCCGAGUCUCUUGAGAUCAUUCCCAGGACCCUCGCGGAAAAUGCCGGCGUCAAAGCCACGGAAGUAAUCUCUAAACUGUACGCUGCCCACCAGGGUGGGGACAAGAAUGCGGGAUUUGACAAUGAGGGCGGUGGUGCUGCAGUGAAAGAUGCGGUGAAAGCUGGGAUUCUCGACUUGUAUCUUGUUAAGUACUGGGCUCUCAAGUUCGCUACUGAUGCAGCUGUUACAAUACUUAGAGUAGACCAGAUAAUCAUGUCAAAACCGGCAGGAGGACCAAAACCGAAGGAUAAUCCCAACUGGGAUGAAGAUUAACCUCUGAAUUGUGGAUUGAGAACAAACCUUACUCGAGAAAGAAGAAUAAUCUGGCCUGCUGUCUGUUCCAUUGUAGACUCUCAACAGUUUCCCUAUUUUUCCCUGUUCCAUCUGCGGCUGUUUGCCAAGCUUUGACCGUGACUUUGCAGCCGAAACUAAACGACGGCACGACUUCGUUUCGUCCGCAGCUCUCUCAUGUUUUCGUCCGUUCAAAUGCGUGACGAUAAACUGCAGGGUUUAAUAGAGAAACUGCUCGGUCUCAGUGCCUUUGCAAAGUGUCUUGUUGAACUUUAAAUUAAUCCCUGGACACCUUGUCAGUCAUGGGCGCGACAUUGACCAUUUCUUGACGUAGAAUGUUGCCUUGUUACCCAACAGAAAAGCAUAGCGCACCAAUAAAUACCAAGUGUGAACUACU